AUGGGUGAUUACGAUCAACGAUACCAGCAAGGUCUUUACCUUUCUCCAACCCAGCAAGAUCUUCUGCUUGCUGCUCUCACUUCCAAUAAUCCUAGCCAGAAGCCUCAAAGUAGCACCCCUCACAUUAAGAACGAUCAGAGCCCCGAUCAAAAUUCCUCCACUGGCCUUAGUGCUCCUCCUUCGGGCGGCUUUGACAAUGCCCAUGCCAACAAUUUUGGGUUCGGAGAUGAGGAAAGUCCUUUCUUGGAAUUCCCCCCGGACCUAGAUUUUGAUUUCCCGGGCUCGGCCAACUUGAUUGGUGACCUACCAGGGUCGACCGACUAUGAUAUCGGCGAGAAGCGGAAGUCACUCGACGGCAAGUCGGAAAUUGAAGGCGAAGAGACCGGAAAGAAGCGCAGGGAAAGUGAGGCUAAGAAGCCUGGUAGGAAGCCGCUGACUUCGGAGCCUACUACGAAGCGCAAAGCCCAAAACCGGGCUGCCCAGCGAGCCUUCCGUGAACGUAAGGAGAAGCACUUGAAAGACUUGGAGGAUUCAGUGGAAAGGUUGCAGAAGACAUCGGACAUGACAAAUCAAGAGAACGGUUUACUGCGUGCUCAGGUCGAGCGAUUGCAGGUCGAGCUUCGUGAGUACCGAAAGCGCCUCUCUUGGAUGGCAUCGGGAUCAGGAAAUGGCAUUUCGGCUUUAAGUUCCAAUUCCAUUCCCAAUGCACAUUCCAAGGGAGCAUAUGGCCUUCAGAACAACGAGUUCCUCUUCGAUUUCCCCAAGUUUGGGGAUUUACCCGGUGGCCAUCUUUUCAACGGCCAAGCCAAUAAGAACGACCAACCCAAAACCAACGAUAGCAUCAGUCGGGCCCCUGGUGUGUUGGCUCGCGACAAUCCGAAUACUCCUGUAUCCCGAUCCAACUCGUAUGCCAACCCAAACAGCUCGAAGUCCAAUGGAACACCCACCAGUACCAGUUCCGCCAAAGCCCCCUACUCUGGCUUCAAGUCUUCCGCAAACGAGAACUCCGCCUCGGAGAAUUCUCCAUCAUCUUCGUCUGACUCGCAUCAAAGCCAGUUGUUGUCCUCCAACGGUACUUCCCCAGAACCGAGUCUGAAUUCUCCAGAUGGAAAGUACCGCGAGCUAGGACCAGGCGACUCUUGCGGCGGACAUGUUACGUCCGAUGGCGAGAAAUCCUUCUGCGAGCAACUUGGUAUGGCUUGCGGCAACAUCAGGAAUCCCAUCCCAGCGGUCCGCGACAGCAAGUCAAAAUCCCACAGUGUUACAAGCAGCCAACCGACACCAAUUGAUGGUCCAGCAGACGGUCAAGCCAUUCACGACUUUGGUAUUGACUGGAUGGCCCAUCAGAAUGGCGGCCAGUUUGAUCCAGUGCUGUUUGGUGACUGGCGGGAACCUCAAGACGCCGUACUAUCUCAGGACUUUGGCUCCUUCUUCAAUGAAGCCUUCCCUCUGCCGGAUCUGGGUAGCCCCUCUCACAACCUGAGCGAAGUCGCUAGUGACGCGGCAGUCCCCAAAAAGAAUCUCGUCGCUCAACUUGACAGCAAACUCGAGGAGGAUGAGGUCGUUCCAGGCGAAGACCAAUCGCAGAUGCUGUCAUGCACAAAGAUCUGGGACCGUCUUCAAUCCAUGGAGAGAUUCCGCAAUGGCGAGAUUGAUGUCGACAACCUCUGCUCGGAACUACGUACCAAAGCACGAUGUUCUGAGGGUGGUGUAGUCGUGAACCAGAAUGACGUCGAUGACAUCAUGGGACGAGUCAAGUAG